GAGUGCUCCGCCCGGCCGGCGGCCACCAGGCGCGCUCAGGGCAGGCGGCGGGACCGGCCGGGACCCGGACGCGGCGGGGAGGGGCGGGGAGGGGAGGGGCCGGGCAGGAGGAGCCCGAGCCGGUUUCGCCGCCUCUGUCUUCGCCUUCGUCGCCGCCGCUGCCGCCGCCUCCAGGGCAAUUUGCAUAUUUCUCUGAAGAACCAUCCAGAACCUGAACAGCCUGUCUCAGACAGAGAGAGGGGAGGCCCACGGUUGUUUCUUGAAAUCUGAGGGCUGCAAUGGCCACACGGAACAGGCCAUGUCAGAGGCUGCCUCAGUAUCCCCCGGUAGCUGAGUCCACUGCAGAGGGAGAGCCAUACCUACCCACAGGCCGGGAGCUGACUGAGGCCAACCGCUUUGCCUAUGCCGCCCUCUGUGGCAUCUCCCUGUCCCAGCUAUUUUCUGAACCUGAGCACAGCUCCUUCUGCACAGAGUUCAUGGCAGGCCUGGUGAAGUGGCUGGAGUUGUCUGAAGCCGUCUUGCCAACCAUGACUGCUUUUGCAAGUGGCCUGGGAGGUGAAGGAGCAGAUGUGUUUGUUCAGAUUUUACUGAAGGACCCCAUCUUGAAGGACAACCCGAUGUUGAUCAUUCAGGACCUUCUGAGCUUCUCACUCAAGGAUGGACACUAUGAUGCCCGGGCCCGAGUCCUCGUUUGCCACAUGACCUCCCUGUUCCGGGCGCCUUUGGAGGAGCUGGAUGUCCUUGAAGAGACAUUCCUGGAAAGCCUGAAGGAAAUCAAAGAGGAGGAAUCUGAAAUGGCCGAGUCCUCCCGAAAAAAGAAAGAAAACCGGAGGAAAUGGAAGCGUUAUCUCCUGAUAGGCCUGGCGACUGUCGGAGGCGGAACGGUGAUUGGUGUGACCGGAGGUCUAGCUGCACCCCUUGUUGCCGCUGGAGCAGCAACGAUUAUUGGCAGCGCCGGAGCAGCAGCUCUGGGCUCAGCAGCUGGCAUAGCCAUCAUGACCUCGCUCUUCGGUGCUGCUGGAGCUGGCCUGACGGGAUACAAGAUGAAGAAGCGAGUGGGAGCCAUUGAAGAGUUCACGUUCCUGCCUCUGACAGAGGGCAGGCAGCUGCACAUCACCAUUGCCAUCACCGGGUGGCUUGCAUCUGGCAAAUACCGCACCUUCAGUGCCCCGUGGGCGGCGCUGGCCCAUAGCCGCGAGCAGUACUGCCUGGCCUGGGAGGCCAAGUACCUGAUGGAGCUCGGCAACGCCCUGGAGACCAUCCUUAGUGGGCUCGCCAACGUGGUGGCCCAGGAGGCCCUGAAGUACACAGUGUUGUCUGGCAUUGUGGCUGCCCUGACCUGGCCGGCCUCACUCCUCACUGUCGCCAAUGUCAUCGACAACCCCUGGGGGGUGUGUCUCCAUCGAUCAGCAGAGGUUGGCAAGCACCUGGCCCACAUCCUGCUCUCCCGGCAGCAGGGCCGGCGGCCUGUCACCUUGAUCGGCUUCAGCCUGGGUGCCAGAGUCAUCUACUUCUGUCUGCAGGAGAUGGCUCAGGAGAAAGAGGGUAAAGGAACCCCUGAUGGUUCACAGAAGUGGGGAGUUUUAAACAAAACACCACCCACCUGCAGAGGGGAACAGAAAGGUCCUGGUCUCGAGAGCCAAGCACUGGAGUCUGACCUCCCCCGUUUGGGGACCUGAGGCCAAGGAAGCUGGUGGGGACCAGAGCAGAGUCCUUCUUGCCAGUCUGCCUUAACCCACCCCACAAAGCACAAGGCAGAACAAACCAAAACAGGGACAUAAGGACAUACUUGUGACCACAACAAUGCACUCGCACUCGGGGCCUGGCCCAGCAGGACGCAGCAAGGAGCAGGCCUCUGCCGUCACAGAUGAUGGGUCACACGGCUCUUCCCCGCUGAGAAGCUGCCAGCUUAGUUGCAACAAGUAUGUGAGCUCUGGAGUCAGGCUUCUGGUUUGAAUUCCAAACCCACCGUGAAGCCAGUCACGUAACCUCUCUGAACGCUUAUGUGAGACACAGCCGUUAAUAGUAUCUACAUCAGGUGGUUUUUGUUUUUUUUUUUAGGAGGAUUGUGUUUAGGCAAUAGGGCAUAUAAAUGCUGGCCUAUAGUGAGAAUCCAGAAAUACUCACUGAGCAUUGAUCAUUUCCUAGAAACUGUUAAUAAAUGGGAGUAGGCAUGUAAUAUGAUAGCAACACCUCCCUCAUGGAUGGCAUGGACCCUAGACCUCGUUGAGGAAAAAUUGGCCUCCCCCAGGGUCAGGGCCUCCAGUUCCCGUCCCUUCCCAUGGCCACACGGUCUCCUAUCUACCCUUUUCCUCAACAAUUCCCCUCCCAGGUCGUUGCCUUGUAUUAUCAAUGGAGCAUGUCCACAUCUCCACAUGGUCAAGACUGUCAGUGAAUACUUCACCCUUUGCCCAGGGCUGCUGUUUCACAUGGAAUUCCUCCCAGCUCCACUGCCUGGUUUCAGGCAGCCCUGCUGUGUAACACCCAAUUCAUCUGCACACUGAGAAGACCCUCUCCUAAUUGCAGGAUAGCUGUCAUUAUCUGAGUUAAGGGAUAUAAAAGAGGAAUUACUGUAAUGCAUGUGAAUCCACUAAUUGUUUUCUGGAGUCCCUUGAGAGCUAGUAAGGAAAUGGAGCAGUAAAUCCCACAGUCAUCCAGAGCACAUAAUCCUUUAACCAGCCUCCCCUCUCCACUGCCCCUAACAUACUCGUCCCUCCUAACCCCCCUCCCCAGGAAAAGCUGCCUGUAGAAUUAACUGUCUUCACAGCUUCCUCUCCCUUUUAGGGUGAUUCUGCAAAUCCCAGGGGUGGCUCCUCUAGGGAUUGCCACCCUUCCCAAGGUGCCCCUUACAGCCUGGCCUGCCCUUCCCUCUAGCUCAGUGUGGUCAGCUUCCUUUCAAAUGAGUGUUGAGACUACAAGCCUCCUGAGGGCAGGGAUUGUGUCUGACUCACUUCUGUGCCUCCCGUACCUGGAAUAAAGCCAACAGAGAGUACAUGCUCUAUAAGUAAACAGAACUUGAAGUUGAAUGUUAUCAACAUUCACGGUGUAUCAGUCAGGACAGCCUGGGUUAUGCUGCAGUGACAAACAUCUCCAAUAUUGCAGAGGUGUGGUACAACAAAGGUUCAUUUCUCACUCAUGCUAUCUUGGUAGCCAGGGGAACCCUGGUUGUUGUAGACACCGAGGUCGAGGGAGCUCCAUAUCAAUGUAUGGUUCCUCAGUAAGAGACAGAGAAUGUGGUGAGUUAUGCACUGGCCCUUAAAGCACCUUCACACAGAAGUAACAAAUGUAACUUUUACAAACACUUCAUUGGCCAAAGCCAGGCAUGGAGACAUUCUUCACAUAAAGGAGGGGCCAGUAAAUGUCUUCCUACUAUGUGCUCAGAGACAGAGAGCUAGAGCUAUUUGAUAAACAGCAUACAGCUUAUCCUUUUUUUCUCUCUUUGCUAAGUGUUUUUACUGACAUCGUUUUGUUUAA